GUUGGAAAUGAGGUGUCCGUCUUGGAGUAGUCGACUUUUAAAAAGCAUCGGCAACCCCUGAUAUGACAACUUCACUGGUUCUGCAUCCACGCUGGGCGGACACCUUGAUGUACGUUUAUGAAAAAAGCCCGAAUGAAAAUAAUCCGAAUAAAAGCCAAACAAUGGAGGGACUGAGCGGGAAUUGCCCCGCGAGCCAUUGCAGAGACCUGAUGUCGCACCCCACGUUGGGACGACAUUCUGGCACUAUAGCGACCCACCAGGGCUCUAUGUACUCGGAUAUAUCUUCCCCAGACACCGGCCGACAGUGUCCUGCUCCCCAAACCUCCUCCAGUCCAUCUCUGAGCUAUGGUUAUCCGUUUGGAAAUCCUUAUUACGGUUGUAGGUUAUCUCACUCGCACAACGUGAACUUGCAGCAGAAGCCCUGCUCGUACCACCCUGCAGAGAAAUAUGCCGACCCCACCAGCACCGCGUUGCCCACCGAAGAGCUGUCUAGCAGGGCGAAAGAGUUUGCCUUCUACCCCAGUUUUGCUAGCUCAUACCAAGCGGUUCCUGGAUAUCUAGAUAUGUCAGUGGUUCCCGGGAUAAGCCACCCUGAACCCAGGCACGACGCGUUGAUUCCUAUGGAGGGCUACCAGCACUGGGCUCUGUCGAAUGGCUGGGAUGGGCAGGUGUACUGUUCCAAGGAGCAAACACAGUCCACUCAUCUUUGGAAAUCACAAUUUCCAGGUAUGAAAUUAAACAUGUUUAAAAUAUAUAUAUAUAUAUAUAUAUAUAUAUAUAUGUCUAUAGAAUGGGUGAAAUUGCAGCAGUGUCCUUAGUUUUGUUUAGCUUAGAAGUGUUAUUGAUGAUUGUGCUAGUAACUCCCCCCCCCCUUGUUAUUACCUAUCAUUACAUAGGGUCUUCUAUAUGAAAUGCAAUGAUUUCCUUAUCAUAAUGUAGCCUUAUAAUUUACCAUGUGUCACACCAAAGCCAUAGCUAAGCCUUUAUGUCAAUUGUUAUGUGUAGAGUGAUAUAUAAACGACAAUGUAUAGCAUCCCUUUAAUACAUUCUUGAGGGACAGCGCGGUUGGAGAAAUGUUCACAGCGUAAUGAAAAUGACAGUCAGGCAUGGUAGGCUAUUUUCAUCCACUGGGUUCUCUACUACAGGGGGAGUGUUGGCGCGGUUGGUUGGUUAUGAGGCUGAUUGCUUCAAUAUGCAGAAAUCAAUGUCACGUCCUUCAAUUCAACUCAACACCAUGGUUUGUGCUUUAGUUGAAAUCACAGCUGAAAAAUGUAUCGUCAGAGAAAAUAGCUUACCCCGUGUGAUUUUAUGUAUCUGGUGAUAAACACUAUAAACGCGCAUGACACAUUGUAGAAACUAUUUAGAAACAAAACAGUUCGUUUCAGCUUUGUUGUUUACAAGUCACAAGAUAAGUGCAAUAGUGCUUAAACCAGGUAGUCAGUCAUGCAGCAGCAUAACAACAUACCUUUGCCGCUUGUAUUAUAAUUUGCCGCUUGUAUUACAAAUGGAAGCUAGGCUUCUGUUUGGAUUAUGCCAAUAAAUCUCUGCCGAAUCUUUGUCAACAGCGCCCAAUGUUGCGGGAGGGCGCGUUUUGCAUUUGACAAUCAAUGUUCCAUUCGCCCAUGACCUAUGCAUCUAAUAUCUGACUCAAAUACUGUGUUGCAUAAGUAUUUCAUAAAUCCUUAUAAUCCAAUGGCUUUUUGAAGGACAAGCUUUCCUUUUGUAUUGGCCACAUAGCCUAGUCUGAUAUUUGAUCAUGAAUACCCGGUCCGUAAGCGUCCAGUAUGCUGUUUACACUGUGUUUACUAGACUGCUUAGUUUACCACAAGGUUUUAUCGUCUUGGUAAAACGUGUAUGUGCAUUUCGGACACGAAUGAGUUUAAUUGUUGCCCGAGCUAGCUCUCCCCUCACGCCAUUUUGCCUCCUUUUCCAGGAUAUUUCUCAAAAACACACACGCGCGCGAUUUACGCACAACACACACACACAAACAAACACACACUCACACAUACGCACACAAACACACACAAACACACACACAUACAGUCUAUGUGUAGCCUGUGGGUCUGUUAUGGCAACUUUUUGAGCAAGCCAGAGAGUCCUAACUCAUAGCUAUAGGUAGCUCAAGUCAAAUCCCAAUUCCCAACAUAAAUCAAACUUCAGCUGUUUGCGCUUUGGGCCUAUGUAUGCAAAAGGUUGCGCGCGUCAACGGGUUCUUGAUAAAUAUGCUACAUAGGCAUAAGUGCUCAUCGGAUCAUCACAGUACAAUACCAAACAUCCAGGGUAUACCUGCAUAAUUACGCAAUGAUAUGUCGACUGUUGAAAUACAUAUUGUUGAUAUUUUUAUAUAUUUUUAUAAAUAUCGUAAACAUUGUUAGUAUGAUAUGAACAUCGUUAAGUAUUUGGGGUAUGAUGGACGUUUUAGAGAUGACAUUUGGUACCCUACUUUACACCAGUGUGUACAUCAGCAAGGCUAAACAUGUUUUUCUCAUAAAAAUCUGAAAAAUAUACUAUACUUACAUCCCCUUUUCGAGGUACAUAAGGAGGUAUAAACGAUGUAUCGAUCCCCAAGGCCCAUCUCUGUGUCGUUCAUAUCUUUAUUAUGCAUCAAGAUUCUUAUCUUUUGAAGAAAUAAAAUCGUUCACAAAUUUGUCAUGCGCACUGAGUGCCUGUAACUCAAAGAAAAUAUGUUCUAAAACCUCACAAACCUCUCGUGCCUAGCUAAAUAUAUAUAACAACGUGCUUGAUAUAUGCUGAUAUUUGAACAUCAAGGAGGAACGCUUAUAAAUAAAAAAGUAUACCAAUAGAAAAGUAAAUACCAAUUGUGCAUCCAAAAAUAUCGUGCUUAAUGUUUAAAUUUCGCCCAUAUAUAAUUGCAUAGGCUAUAUCUAAUGUAUAUGAGGCCUUUUUGACAUAUUGGCAUCUCCAUAACAAACAUAUUCAUACAUAAAAUACAUUUGAAUUAAUCAGAUUAGUGAAUAGUGGUGGGAAAUGUUUUUGCGUAAUACAGCUCUCCCUUUCUCUCCAGACAUAGUCCCUUUACAGCCUGAGGUCAGUAACUACCGUCGUGGACGUAAGAAGCGGGUUCCCUAUACCAAGCUCCAACUGAAGGAGCUAGAGAAAGAGUACGCUGCCAGCAAGUUCAUCACCAAAGACAAGAGAAGACGCAUCUCCGCCGGGACCAACCUCUCAGAGCGCCAAGUCACCAUUUGGUUCCAGAACCGACGGGUGAAAGAGAAGAAAUGUGUCAGUAAAUCCAAGACUAGUAAUCAUAUGCAUACUACUUGA